AUGGUUGAUCGUAACUAUAAUGCACGAAUCAUAUAUGGACAACUUGCUCCAAUUAUUGAAAAUCCUUUCAGAAAUGGUUCAAUUCAAUGUUAUAACAUGAAAAAUGAAAUAGUUACAUGCUCAUCUGAUCAAAUGUGCUCUAUAGUUUAUGAUCAACGAGAAGAUAUAGUCAGAUCACGUGAUUGUGAGGAAAAUUAUAAGCCCGGAGUUUAUGUUUUUGAUGGCGAACAUCAUUCAACAUUUGAUAUUGAAUGUAAUCGUAAUUUAUGCAAUACUGAUGAAACACUUUCACAAGUUAAAAAUAUAUUCAACAAUCAUGGUUUAACAGAUGCUAACGGACGACGAAUUGCUGAUGGAAAUAAAAAAAUGGUUUCUUCUUUCUUAAUGACAUUAGCUAUGAUUUUCAUUAUUUUUUAUCAUUUUUAA